AAAUCCAUUGUGCAUUUCUUCUAAAUUAAAAUGGCAUUUGCUAGCUGGAAAAAAAUAGUUUCAUAAAGUGCAGUACAAUAUACGAAAUUGCAUGCAGCUUUUCUCCAUCAAAAACUAUGCGCGUGUGCCCAUCUAUGCAAGUGUGUGUGCGUGUGUCUGAGUGAAAUUCCAACAAUGCGCAGGGAACGAGUUGGCUGAAAUUUCUUUAUGCAAAGCGUACGCAAUAAAAACGAGGAAGAAGAAGAGCGAGCGAUAAAGCCAGGAAAAUUAUAGAUACUUUGAAAAAAACUUAAUCACAAGGUCUAAAGUUCAGCACACAUAUCACCCAACUGAUUGGCAUGCCGUAGCUGCAGUCGCUGAAGUAGCAGCAGUUGCAGCAGCAGCAGCAUUAGCAGCGCCUUAAUGGAUCCAUAUCAUCAUAUCAGACAUCAUUAUCCACCCACUAGUACAGCCGGCACAACGGUGGUUGGCAGCGGCACCAAUAGCACAAUCAUUCGACCAGAAUUGCAUCAAAAAUGCAAUCGUGGCUCGCAUUCGAGUGACACAAGUUCAGCGUACAGCGGCAGCGAUACAAUGGCCUCUGUCUAUGGAUCAUCGCUGGAGGCCGAGGAGAUCGAUCUCUCCGGCCUCGUCGAGUCUGUGGUCGACUCCGAUGAGGAGGAUCUCGCCGAGAGCAUGGAUAGCCUCAAUGUGCGGGAUGCGGUGCGCGAUUGCCUCGAGAAGGAUCCGUCGGAGCGCAGCGAAGACGAUGUGGAAAUCCUGCUGGAGUUCACGCAGGGCCUGAAGGCAUUCACAAACAUAACGCUAGCGGUGCGACGAGCUCUCUGUUCCGUGAUGGUGUUCGCUGUGGUGGACAAGGCUGGCACCGUUGUCAUGUCCGAUGGCGAGGAGCUCGACUCGUGGUCGGUGCUAAUCAAUGGCGCCGUCGAAAUCGAGCAUGCGAAUGGCACACGCGAGGAACUGCAAAUGGGCGACUCCUUUGGCAUACUGCCGACCAUGGAUAAAUUGUAUCAUCGCGGCGUGAUGCGCACCAAAUGCGAUGAUUGUCAGUUUGUGUGCAUCACCCAGACCGACUACUAUCGCAUCCAGCAUCAGGGCGAGGAGAAUACGCGCCGGCAUGAGGAUGAGAACGGACGUGUUGUGAUUGUCACCGAACUGCGCUCGAUUGGCGGCAGUGGAGCGGAGAGCGCCACAACAACUGGCGGCAGCGGAUCAGCGGCCACAGCACAUUUGAAUACGAAGCGCGGUCAUGUGGUGAUCAGAGGCACACCGGAGCGACUGCUGCAGCAGCUUGUCGAGGAGAACUCGAUGACGGAUCCAACAUAUGUCGAGGAUUUCCUGCUAACGCAUCGCAUUUUCAUACACAAUCCCCAAGAGGUGACCAGAAAACUGUUGCACUGGUUCGAUCUCGAGCAGCUGGACACGCACAAAACGCAGGAGCUGAGAGAUCGGGUCACUCGCGUCGUUCUACUCUGGGUGAACAAUCAUUUUACCGAUUUCGAGGCGGAUCACGAAAUGAUGGAGUUCCUGGAGAUCUUUGAGGCUGGCCUGGAACGCAAAAAGCUGCUCAGCCAGCUGCGUUUGCUGCACAUUGCAUGUGCAGCCAAAGCGCGCAUGCGCAGCUGCAUCUUGACGCGUUCCUCACGCGACGAACCACUCAAUUUCCAAAUUAUUGGCGGCUACGAGCUGCGCGGCGUGGCAGCUGCCACAGGCAAUGCCUCCGUCGGCAUUUACAUAUCGCACGUGGAGCCGUGCUCAAAGGCCCAGGAUGUCGGACUGAAGCGUGGCGAUCAAAUCCACGAGGUGAACGGUCAAUCCCUGGAUCAUGUGACCAGUAAACGGGCCAUGGAACUGCUGACGGGCACCACCCACCUAAGCAUUCAAGUGAAAAGCAAUCUGCUCGGCUUCAAGGAGAUCAUGCAGGCCCUGGAGCAUGGCAGCGGCAGCUCAGCCAGCAGCGGUGGUGGUAGCGGUGUCGGCGGUGGCAUUAGCUCCAGCGGCAAUGGCAGCUUUAAAAGUUUGCGCAGUCCACGUCGGAUUUGUGCGAAUGACAUUGCCAAGCUGCACGGACGCAGCGACAGCACCAGCGAGGACCUGACCAAUCGGGCGCACAUGGUGCGUCUCAGUUCGGUGGAUAUGCUGCUCGAUCAGCCGGACUGUGCGCCGCCCCAGACGCCGCCAGUGAGUGGCGGGGGCGGCGGUGGCAUUAUGGCCUCGAACUUUAUGCAACAGCUGCUGCAGAGCGUCAACUCGAAUUCGGCGAAAAAGGGCAGUGUCGAGGAUGCCAAACCGGGCGGCUUCAUGACCCUGGCGCCCAAGCGACGUCUGCAGAAGGCGCUGGCCAAAAUGAAUCUGCUAAAUAAACAGCAACAGCCGCUGGUUGGCAGCCUCAACGACAGCUCCGACACGCUGCUGAAUGAGCCGCAGUGCAAGGCCAAGUUGUCCGCUGCCAGUUCUGGCAGCAGCAGCUGCGCCUCCACAACCAACAUGUGCAACAUGGCCGGUCGCCUCUAUCAGUCGCAAUCGAAUCCGGAUCUGAGCAGUCUCAACUAUGACAACAGCAACAGCGAACCCAUCGCCAUGCUCCAAGUCAACUAUUUGCAGGCGCAUCUACAUCGGCCAUCGGCUGCGAGCACGCUGACUGCUAGCUCCAUGCUGCCGCCGGACUAUCCGGAGCAUGUGCUCAAGGUGUACAAGUCGGAUCAGACGUGCAAGUAUGUGCUCAUCUACAAGGAGACGACGGCCCAUGAGGUGGUCAUGUUGACACUGCAGGAGUUCGGCAUCCACGAUCCAAGCUCCAAUUUCUCGCUGUGUGAGGUCAGCGUGGGCGAGGGCGGCAUGGUGAAGCAGCGCCGGCUGCCCGACCAGCUGCAGAAUCUAGCGGAACGCAUCAGUUUCGCUGCUCGCUAUUAUCUCAAGCUAAACGACAGCACCGAGCCGCUGGUGCCCGAUGAGCUUGCCUUGGAGCUGGUGCGGGAGUCGGGUGUGCAUUUCCUGCAGCUGAAUGCAUACGAGCUGGCCAUCCAGCUGACACUGCAGGAUUUCGCCAAUUUCCGUCAGAUCGAGUCCACGGAGUAUAUCGAUGAGCUGUUCGAGCUGCAGUCCAAGUACGGUGUGCCGAUGCUGAGCAAAUUCUCGGAGCUGGUCAAUCGCGAAAUGUUCUGGGUGGUGAGCGAAAUAUGCGCUGAGCACAACAUUGUGCGUCGCAUGAAGAUCGUUAAGCAGUUCAUCAAGAUUGCCCGGCACUGCAAGGAGUGCCGCAAUUUCAACUCCAUGUUUGCCAUCAUCUCGGGUUUGGGACAUGGCGCCGUUUCGCGGCUACGUUUGACCUGGGAGAAGUUGCCGUCAAAGUAUCAGCGUCUGUUCAAUGAUCUGCAGGAUCUGAUGGAUCCAUCGCGCAACAUGUCCAAGUACAGGCAACUGGUAUCCGCCGAACUGCUCGCCCAGCAUCCCAUCAUACCGUUUUAUCCCAUUGUCAAGAAGGAUCUGACAUUCAUCCAUCUGGGCAACGAUACCCGUGUGGAUGGUCUGAUUAAUUUCGAGAAAUUGCGCAUGCUCUCCAAGGAGGUGCGUCUGCUGACGCACAUGUGCAGCUCCCCCUACGAUCUGCUGGCCAUAUUGGAGCUGAAGGGACAAACGCCCUCCAACGCCCUCUUCUCGCUGAACCAAAUGUCUGCGUCGCAGAGCAAUGCUGCCGCGGGCACCGUAAUUGCAGCCAACGCUGGACAGGCUACGAUUAAGAGGCGCAAGAAAUCGACAGCGGCGCCCAAUCCCAAGAAGAUGUUCGAGGAGGCGCAGAUGGUGCGACGCGUCAAGGCCUAUCUGAACAGCCUGAAAAUACUCAGCGAUGAGGAUCUGCUGCACAAGCUGUCGCUCGAAUGCGAACCGCCGCAUGGCUCCACCUACUCGGGCAGCAUUUCGCAUGGCAACACCUCGCAUCGGAGCGCCGGCAGUGGCAGCAUCAAUGCCAGCAAUGCGGGCGCUGGCAGCAUCAAUGCUGGCGGAGAUCAGCUCAGCAUUUAUUCGCACACCAGCUCCAGUUCUGCACCGAAUUCAUCGCUGUCGCUGCGCAAACGGCAUCCCAGUUCGCCGACACUCUCCACGACCAGUUCGACGAGCUCGACCAGCGACCAUCAGCGUCGCCAGCAGCUGCACAACAAUGGACCCAAAUUUGGCACCGCUUCGCCGCAGGCGGUCAAGAAAAUGCUCUCGCUAUCCGAAUCCUCGAAAAUACGGCCACAUCAGCCAUUUGUGCCGCGCCACAAUUCGGCCCUGCCCGGCGUCAUUCCGCCGCUACAUCAUCUACAUGCCGCCCAUGGAUUUAGCACACCAGCCGCCGGAGUUGUUGUCCCAUCGCCAUCUGCUGCCGCUGCGGCUGCUGCUGGUGCUGGUGCUGCUGUCCCAGCCAGCGUGGUCAAUGCACAGUGUACGCCCAGUCCCAGUCCGUGUGCACAUCGACGUUUAGCAUCUGGAGGCAACAUAAUGCCGACCCGUGCGAUACACGAGCGUUCCCAUUCCGAUACGCCCGCCCCCCCGCCGCCGCUGCCUUCGGUGGAUCUCUCGCUGGAGAGCAGCAGUGUGACCACAUUUCGUGAUUUACCGCUGCGCAAAUCCGUGACUUCCGGUUCGGUUUCAUCGUGUGACAGCGGGCAUGGCUCCUACGCCCAGCAGCAGCAACAACAACAACAUUCGCAUCAUCAGCAACACCAUUUGACAUACCAACAACAGCAACAACAACAACAACAAUCGCAGCAACAACAGCAACACAAUGAUCCAUCGCCGCCCGUUUAUACGGCUGCUGAUUGCCGGCUGUUGCAGCAGAUAUCGAACAAUGCCGUCACACGGAAUUUGAAUAGUCCCUGCCAGAGCACGAGCACACCACCCAGCACACCCACACCACCAACACCACCACCACCGACACCACUACAACAACCACCAACAGCAUCCAUACAGUCAACACCGCUUCCUGCACCGCCAGUGCCCUAUUUGCAUAUGCGCAGCCACCAGCAAUUGCAACAGAUACAACAGCAAUUGGCAAUGCCACCACCACCGCCACCGGUCUACACAAGCAGCCUGUACAAUCACCAUCACAGCAAUGCAACCACCAACAGGCAUCUAAACCACAUGCAUGGUGGUCCGCCAAAUUUUAUGGAUAGCACCAAGUGUACCAUAUGCCCCAUGCCACCCAUGAAUCAAUAAAUCAAACUGUGCUGUUUUAACUACUAAAUGUUAAUUUAAUUAGUUCAUAUAUAUAGAUGCCAAAAUUUGUUAAUGGUUGUGGUUUCCAUGUUACCAACAAACAAACAUUCACAUACAUCAAUCGUCAUCGUCAUAUAUACAACAAGAACAAAAACUAUGAAAAUAUGUUGCAUAUACAUGUUCAAAAUCCCAUUUAUCAUUUAUCAGCGUCAACGUUCGAAAUCCCAUUGUCACGUAUUCUUAGAUUAAGCGCCUAACAAUUAGUUUUGCUGUAUGUUUUAAGUGGCUUACGAUUAAUUUUAAUUUAGCACAAUUCUUUGUAAACAUUUUCCUCAAAAAAUAAGUCAAAACAAUAAGAAUGAUCCACAAAGUUGUUGCCUUCUCACAUGCAUAGAAAAAAAAGAAAAGAAAAAAAAAACGUCUGCAGGCAGACCAAAGUAGCAGACCCCAAUCAAAACUUUUGCAAUCAAAAACUCUUUUGAAGACUUUCAGUUGGCACUUAGGAAAACAAAAAAAAAAAACAAAAAACAAAAUAA